UGUUAUUCUCAAAAGGAACGAUAUUAAAGGUAUUUCCAGCGCUAUACCCAGAAAAACUGUCAAUUGGAGUGCCUAUCGAAUUUUACAUUGCAUAAAUGUGGUUGCGUUAAGUUCUCCAUGCCAAGAACCGCUGAAAUGCCUGUAUGUGGAGCUGCUAAAAUAUUUUGUGUAAAUGAUGCGGAAGACUCACUUCUUCUUCAGCGAUUUGAAUUGGCUUUAAAAAGCUCUGAUGUUGAAAAUAUACCCAUUACUGGGGAUUGUAACUGCUUACCAUCAUGUUCUUCUAUUGUAUAUGAGACUGAAGUGUCAAUGGCUGAAUACGAUUUUGCUUCACAAUUUAGGGCUUUCAAGGCGGACGAUUAUGUAAAAGAAAAUCCUGGAACUCAAAUAACUAAGGUAUUGGUGUCUUUCAAGGAGGAUCAAUUCAUGGCUUCAAAACGUUCCGAAUUAUAUGGUACAACAGAUUUUCUUGCCAAUUGUGGUGGUUUGUUAGGUUUAUUUAUGGGAGUUUCAACGCUUAGUAUUGUUGAGUUAUUGUACUUUUGCACAGUCAGAUUAUUUAUUAAUCUAAGAAUGCGAAGAAAGAAAAAUCGAGAGAUGAGGCAUUUAGAUGAAACUAUAGAAGAAGGAUUUCAUGCUAGAUUAGAAUUGCCUGGAAAACAAGCUUAAU